AUGAGGGACAUUGUGGCGGCGAGCUUCGCCAACGCACCCGCACCGCAGGCGCCCGCGCGCAACCCCUCCCCACCCCGCCCCCCCUCCAUCCCCUCGCUAGAGACGUUCAACUCCCACCGCAGACCGAGGCGGCCGAAGCUCGGCGACAAGAAGGUCUACCGGCCCGUACGCAGGCACACGCUCUCCAGAAUAGACGAGACCCCGCCUCCUACGCGGCCCCGUUCGAAAAGCCUCCAGGUGUCUACGGACCUCUCGUCGAUGCGGCCCAUGUUGAGGUCCCGCUCUAACGUGUCCGCGGACACUAGUCGCAGCGUGCCCGUAUGCGACCAGAGCGUCGGCACGUUCGGGGUGAGCAGCAGUCCCCAGUACGCCGAGCCCAAAGGCUACGACUCCGCCUCGUCGUACGACCCGCCCGCCUCAAUGAGCGACCUCCCCGUCCUCGCCCUAGGGCCUAACCCCUACAUCCCCUACCCCGAAUACACGUACUACCAAGAAGCCGCCCGCAGGUUGCCUGCUAAGACCAACAACCUCUUUUUAGCGUUCAUGUAU